AUGAGGCCCUCCUGCCGUUUCCCGCCACAACACCCGAGGCGAUCGCAAGGCGGGCCGGGAGCAGGACUACAUCUCCCAUCAUGCCCGCCGCCCGGGGGGGAGCCGCCGCCAUUUCGGCACCGUCCCCCGGAGCCGUUGGGUCGGGGUGGCGCCGCGUUCGCUGCUCCCCGCCGCCAUGAGCCGCCUCAUCGCCGGCGUGGGCGUGGGGAUGGCGCCGGCGAGGAAGUCCAGCUCCUCCUGGACCUAUGCCUUCAGUGUUUGACAAAGCACCUUUCCAGAUAUGCUGCAGAUAUUAAGUCAUUGCCACCCAACAUAAAGGAUAAACUGAUUAAAUUAAUGAGUAGGCAAGGGCAAAUAACUGAUUCAAAUAUCAGUGAGGUAUUGCACCCUGCUGUGGAGUCUCUAGACCUCCGAGACUGUGAUAUUUCAGAUAAUGCAUUAUUGCAGCUUUAUAACUGCAAGCAACUGAAAAAAAUCAACUUAAAUUCCUGCAAAGAAAACAGACUGGGAAUCACUUCAGAAGGUGUCAUAGCGCUGGCCUUAUCCUGUCCUUACUUGCGUGAAGCGUCUUUUAAAAGGUGCUGUGAUAUAACUGACAGUGGAGUUCUUGCUCUUGCGCUCAACUGCCAGUUCCUACAAAUAGUGAACUUGGGCAGCUGUUCAGGCAUCAUGGAUGCAUCUCUGCAGGCACUAGGAGAAAAUUGCAAAUUUCUUCACAGCGUGGACUUUUCAUCUACUCAGGUAACAGAUGAUGGUGUCACAGCACUAGUGAGUGGAACAUGUUCAAAGAAUUUAAAGGAGAUCCACAUGGAACGCUGUGUGAAUCUGACCGAUGUCGCUGUGGAAGCGGUCCUUACUUGUUGUCCGAAGAUACACAUUUUUCUGUUCCAUGGAUGCCCAUUGGUGACAGAUCGUUCCCGAGAUGUUUUAGAGCAGCUAGUCAUAUCAAACAAAAUCAACUUACACCCUUUCUCACUGGAAGAGCCUGGCUGUCGUCCUGACAACCUCCUCAUAGGUAUGGGCAGGCUGCUCCUAGGUCCCUUGAAGCCUUCUCUUCUCCAAGCUGAACAAGCCCAGUUCCAUCAGUCUGUUACUGUAAGACAUGUAACUAUAAUGUAGUGUGGUGAUGGUCUCCAGACUCUCAUAUCAAGUGCUACAUCCAGAAAGGAAAUUAUAAAUGAAGAGAAUGUAAAGCAGCUGAAGGUGGAAGACCACCAAAGUCUGUAACAGCAAAGGACACUUAAAAAAAAUUCUAUCUAUGGGACAGUGCUACUGCUAACCUCACUGGCAAAGUUGUCCUUUUUCCCCUUGCUAAUGUAACCUUGGAUUUGUCAUGUUGAAGGCAAAUGCAGCUUACACUGUGUCCUUAAACGUGCAUGUAGAUUUACUGUCUUCUGUAGCCGCUUCUAAAUGUGUAACUUGGUGGUAUAUCCUCACCUUGCGUUUAAGAAUCUGUAUAACACUGCAAUGAAUUAACACUGUAUUUUUAGGUUUGAAAGUUUAAUGUAAGUCAUGUUAAAUCCUUCAUUGUCAGAGCUUGAGUCUGCGCUCUCAAGUGUUUAUUACUAGCGUAACUCUACUGGAAUGCUUUUCGAUUCAGGUUAAAUCACAGUCAUUUUCAACAAAUGUUUACAAGCGCUGGGUGAAGAACAUCAUGUAUGCACUUAUCAUUUCAUAUUCUGUAUUGUUUGGAUAUUGUUAUUGUUGUAAAUUGUUGGGCGAGCACCACAGAAUAUUCACAUAUUGUUCUGAAGAUUAAAGUUUGUAAGUCUUCUGUUUGGAUAGUUCUGUAAACUUGUUAAAUUAUAUUUUAUGACCAUGU